AUGUGUGGCAAAUUCCAAAUCAAGAAGCUGUAUGAACUGAUCAGGCCAUCUGCUGCCAGGGUGCAUUGGAAGAGGAUAAUAUGUAAUAAUAAGGCUAGCCCUAAAAGCCUUUUUAUUACUUGGCUUGGUAUUCAGAAUAGGCUGUACACAAAAGAUAGAAUGGCAAAUUGGAACUUGGCUUGUGAUCCUGUAUGUGUGUUAUGUGGGCAGGGUGCAGAAUCUGCUCAGCACUUGUUCUUUGCUUGUGAGUACUCUCAGCAGGUUUGGGGUCUUUUUUUCACAUUGAGAGGCUUCCCGGAUGAUUGCUUCUAUCGACUGUCCUUCUCUAUGUUGACUGGGGAAGCCUCCUUCACAGUCGGUGGCCAAAAGACCAAAGUCUUCACUUACUACCUAAUUCCGAGUCUCUGCAUUUUACAGCUUAAGUGUGCGGUGGUGGACUUGGCUGACUCUCUGAUUACCGUCGAGAACAGGAAUGAUGAGCAGAUCAUAGCUUUGCAGGAGAAGGAUGUCCGCAUUCAGGAGCUCACAGAGUUUCAGGGUGUUUAUAAGAAGCUCAACAAGUCUGAAUCUCAGCUAGAGCUGGAGAGGAAGGGCAAAGCGGCUCUCGAGCAAGAGGUGGUGAAACUCAAAGAGGCGCGGAGUCAAGAGCUGGACGCUGCUGCUAAAUCUGCGACUUCCAAGGCUACGGAGGACUUCUGUCGGUCCGAGGUGUAUGCUGACUUGCUAUUUGACAGGUAUGAUGGAGGAUGGGAGGCUUGUGUUCGCUGCGUGGAGGAUAGGUUCCCUAAGGUUAUCGACUGGGCUGAAGUCGAUAAGGCCUUUCAGAUGGAUGGUCAUAUCCUCCCUAAGGAUCACCCUCGUGCUGUCGGCUGCAAGCUCCCUGACUAUAUUGUUGCAAACGUUCAUCCUAGCGAGCUCCCCAUUCCUCCUUUUGAGAACAAGGAUUAA